CCGUUCCUUCUCCGCCCGUCCGUCGCGCGAACAGAUUUGACUAUAUAUGGUCAAAGCUGGGAGAUAAGCGAGAGCUGGGUGAGCUGCGCUUCCUGCUUUGCGCAGCCGGGAGUUGACGUCGCUUCCCUCACCCCCGCUGUUGGAGGAGGAGGUGGAAGAAGAGAGGGGACUUGAUUUGCCUUGCCUUUGCUCCCGCCGCGGACUCGCCGCCCUUGAAGCCGCCGCAGCAGCGAGAGGCAACCACGAUGCCCUACCAGCUGAAAACAGUGUUUGCCAGCCUCCCGCAGGUCGAAAGGGGGAUCUCCAAAAUCAUUGGCGGAGAUCCGAGAGGCAACAAUUUCUUAUAUACCAAUGGAAAAUCUGUCAUCAUUCGAAACAUAGAUAACCCAGCAAUUGCUGACAUCUAUACUGAACACGCCCAUCAGGUUGUGGUGGCCAAGUAUGCACCCAGUGGCUUCUAUAUCGCAUCUGGAGAUAUCUCUGGAAAGCUUAGAAUUUGGGACACCACACAGAAGGAACAUCUAUUAAAAUACGAGUAUCAGCCAUUUGCAGGAAAAAUAAAAGAUAUUGCAUGGACUGAAGAUAGCAAGAGAAUUGCUGCUGUUGGAGAAGGAAGGGAAAAAUUUGGAGCAGUCUUCUUGUGGGAUACUGGUUCUUCAGUAGGUGAGCUUGCAGGUCACAACAAAGUAAUAAAUACAGUGGACAUUAAGCAGACGAGGCCUUAUCGCUUAGCAACAGGCAGCGAUGACAACUGUGCUGCUUUCUUUGAAGGACCACCAUUCAAGUUCCAGUUCACCAUUAGUGACCACAGCCGCUUUGUUAACUGUGUGAGGUUCUCUCCUGAUGGAAAUAGACUUGCUACAGCAAGUGCAGAUGGACAGAUUAUCAUUUAUGAUGGCAAAACUGGAGAAAAAAUUGAUGCUCUUGGUGGAAACAAAGCACACGAUGGAGGUAUUUAUGCAAUUAGUUGGAGUCCCGAUGGCCAUCGCCUUCUUUCUGCUUCUGGGGACAAAACAGCUAAGAUCUGGGAUGUCGGUUCCCAGAGUGUGGUAACUACAUUUAAAAUGGGAUCAGAUGUUUUGGACCAGCAAUUAGGUUGUUUGUGGCAAAAAGGUCAUUUAUUGACAUUAUCCCUUUCUGGAUAUAUCAACUAUCUGGAUGAGAACAAUCCUAAUAAGCCUCUUCGCGUCAUAAAGGGUCACAGCAAAUCAAUACAGUGUCUUACAGUGCAUAAAAAUGGAGGGAAAUCCUAUAUAUACUCUGGAAGCCAUGAUGGACAUAUUAAUUAUUGGGAUUCUGAAACAGGAGAAAAUGAUGGAUUUGGUGGGAAAGGACACACAAAUUUAGUUUCCCGAAUGGCUGUGGAUGACUUUGAGCAGUUGGUCAGCUGUAGUAUGGAUGAUACUGUGCGUUAUACUAGUCUUAACAAAAAGGAAUACAGCAGCCAAGAUGUUAUAAAAAUGGAUGUUCAACCAAAAUGUGUGGCAGUUGGACCUGGAGGAUAUGCAGUGGUCACAUGCAUUGGAGAAAUUAUUUUGAUGAAGGAUAAGAAGAAGUGUCUUGCAAUUGAUAACCCUGGUUUUGAACCGGAGGCAGUGGCAGUUCACCCUGGAGGUGGGACAGCAGCAGUUGGAGGAACAGAUGGGAAAGUGCAUUUAUAUGCAAUUCAUGGAGCUUCUUUAAAAAGUGAAGAGAAGAUUCUGGAAGCCAAAGGACCAGUAACUGACCUGGCAUAUUCUCCUGAUGGAGCUUUCCUGGCUGUGACAGAUGCAAACAAAGUAGUCACAGUGUUCAGCAUUGCUGAUGGUUAUGGGGAACAUAAUGUAUUCUAUGGCCAUCAUGCAAAAAUAGUUUGUGUUGCCUGGUCCCCUGAUAAUGAGCACUUUGCUACUGGUGGCAUGGACAUGUUGGUGAACGUGUGGACCCUAAGUGACCCAGAAACCCGAGUAAAAAUACCAGAUGCACACAGGUUACAUCACAUUAGCGGUUUAGCAUGGCUGGAUGAAAAUACCUUGGUAACAACAUCACAUGAUGCGUCAGUCAAAGAGUGGUCUAUUUCCUACAAAUAAAAUACCUUCAAUCAGAAUAACUUCAUCAGGAGAGACUACUAGAGUGAAAUAAAGCAUUUCUUUUUCUGAAAAUUUAGCAAAUGUAUAAUGGGAUUCUAUAGCAUAUUCUACUAUCUUUGCAGGCAGUGUUUAUAUCUGUAAUUACAUAACUGUUGAAAAGCUUUAGUCAGUUACAGUUUGCACAUGAAAAGCACUUAAAUUAUAUUUGGAGUUUAAAAAAUCUUUUGUGUGCUGAACAUUCCAGAGUUUGCAACCUUAGCAGGAUGAUAGAACUGAUUUGGUUCCCUAUUUUUAAUACUAUAUGUAAAACACAUAUUCACCUGAUCUUUGUACAGCAUGAGAGAACUCUCAUUUUUUCUACUUACAGAACAUUUCUGUACUAAGUCAUAAGAAUGCUUGUUGUGAUCCACAAAAAUGAAUUGUGAUGUGCAGCUACUGUAUAUGGGCUUGUCUGUAAUCCCCCAAACUGUGGUCUCAGAUUUCCUUCAAAAAAACAACAACAGUGGGGUACAUCCAUAAUAAAGUUUUUGGUAUUUCCUGUG